GAUCAGCAUCCAUCGGAGCCCCGAAGUCUAGAGCUUAAAAGGGGCAGCUCCGAACAUUCCGAUCUCUUCCGCCCCUCUCACGCGACGAAACCCUAGCCUCCUCCGCUCCGUCGGGCCCCACCCCAUCAUCUCGCCGGAACCCGAGGGCCUCGCCGGAGGAGGCGGCGGCGGAGGAGGAGAAGAUGAGUACGCAGAAGAAGCGCGGCUUGAGGAUGGAGCCGUUCCGGCACCGCGUGGAUACCGACCCCAUGUUCUUCGACAAGUCGUGGCGGAAGCUCCACGAUGCCAUCCGCGAGAUCUACAACCACAACUCCAGUGGCCUCUCCUUCGAGGAGCUCUACAGGACUGCUUAUAACAUGGUACUGAACAAGCAUGGUCCGAAGCUCUAUGAGAAACUCACAGAAAACAUGAAAGAGCAUCUUGAUGAAAUGCGCACAUCAGUAGAGGCUGCUCAAGGUGGUUUGUUCUUGGAAGAGUUGCAGAGAAAAUGGGGUGAUCAUAACAAGGCAUUGGCAAUGAUCAGAGACGUCUUGAUGUACAUGGACAGGUCAUUUAUUCCCACCAAUAAAAAGACACCUGUCUUUGAUCUUGGAUUGGAGCUUUGGAGGGAUACCAUCGUUCGGUCUCCCAUGAUUCAGGGGAGGUUGCUUGACACACUUCUUGAACUCAUACAUAGAGAAAGGAUGGGUGAGGUGAUAAAUAGAUCCUUGAUGAGGAGUACAACUAAAAUGUUGAUGGAUCUAGGGUCUAAUGUUUAUCAGGAUGAUUUUGAAAGGCCAUUUCUUGAGGUGUCUGCUAGUUUCUAUAGCGGUGAGUCGCAGCAAUUCAUCGAGUGCUGUGCUUGUGGUGAAUAUCUCAAGCAGGCUGAGAGGCGGCUCAAUGAAGAAUCGGAGCGUGUUUCGCAGUACAUGGAUAUUAAAACCAAUGAGAAGAUAACUGCUGUUGUGGUAAAAGAGAUGCUUGCAAAUCACAUGCAGAGGUUGAUUCUAAUGGAGAACUCAGGGCUUGUGAAUAUGCUUGUCGAAGACAGGUAUGAAGACCUGACCAGGAUGUACAGUUUGUUUCAUCAUGUUCCUGACGGGCACACAACAAUUAGAUCUGUGAUGACGUCUCACAUUAAGGUAACUGGAAAAAGUUUGGUAACAGACCCAGAGAGACUAAAGGACCCUGUUGAUUUCGUCCAGCGCCUUCUAAAUGAUAAGGAUAAGUAUGACAAUAUCAUCAAUGUUUCAUUUAGUAAUGACAAGAGUUUCCUGAAUGCUCUGAAUUCCUCCUUUGAGCACUUCAUCAACUUAAACAACAGAUCCCCUGAGUUCAUAUCAUUGUUUGUUGAUGACAAAUUGCGGAAGGGAGUGAAAGAGGCCAAUGAGGAGGAUCUUGAGACCGUCCUGGACAAGGUGAUGACGCUGUUUAGGUACUUGCAAGAAAAGGAUCUUUUUGAAAAGUAUUAUAAGCAACACUUGGCAAAGCGUCUUCUUUCUGGGAAGGCCACUUCUGACGAUUCUGAGAGGAGUAUGCUUGUGAAGCUCAAGACAGAAUGUGGAUACCAGUUUACUUCAAAGUUGGAGGGCAUGUUCACUGAUCUGAAGACCUCUCAGGAUACUACGCAAGGGUUUUAUGCAUCUACUUCUGAUGUGGCAGAUGCCCCCACGAUAUCUGUCCAGAUACUCACCACUGGGUCAUGGCCAACACAACCAUGCAGUACCUGCAACCUCCCCCCUGAAAUACUUGCUGUCUCUGAGAAGUUUCGGGCUUAUUACCUUGGUACUCACAAUGGCAGGAGACUAACAUGGCAGACAAAUAUGGGGACUGCUGACAUCAAAGCAACAUUUGGAAAUGGCAGCAAGCAUGAACUGAAUGUAUCAACCUACCAGAUGUGUGUUCUCAUGCUGUUUAACUCAGCAGAUGUCUUGACUUACCGAGAUAUCGAGCAGGCUACAGCAAUACCAGUUGCUGACUUGAAGCGAUGCCUCCAGUCGCUCGCUCUCGUGAAGGGUAAGCAAGUUCUGCGGAAGGAUCCCAUGAGCAGGGACAUCGCUGACGAUGACAGCUUCUGCGUCAAUGACAAGUUCACUAGCAAGUUGUUCAAGGUGAAGAUUGGCACUGUGGUGGCUCAGAAGGAGACAGAUCCCGAAAAGCUCGAGACUCGUCAGAGAGUCGAGGAAGACAGGAAACCUCAGAUUGAGGCUGCCAUUGUGAGAAUCAUGAAGUCCAGGCGAGUCCUCGAUCACAAUAGCAUUAUGACGGAGGUGACGAAGCAGCUGCAGCCUCGUUUCCUGCCGAACCCCGUGGUGAUAAAGAAGCGGAUCGAGUCCCUCAUCGAGCGUGAGUUCCUGGAGAGGGACAAGAUGGACAGGAAGCUGUACCGCUACCUCGCCUAGAUUCCCUCUCAUUCGACCUGUUUUGUGCUAUCCAUAUAAACGGACCUUGAUCCCAUGCACUUAUGCAAAAAAGGAAAUGGGUCUGCAUCCCAUCAUUCACUUUUAGUUGAAUUGGUUUUUGCCGCAUCAUCCAGGUAGCUUAGUUAACUUCUAUAUAUCGUUUACAUGUUAAUGAUAGAUAAAUCUUGGUGGCCA